AUGGCGGCGUGUGGACGUGGGUGUCUGGCGUCGUCUUCGGCGGCGGCAGCGGCGGCCUGCACUUGGCAUCGAUUUCAGGCCUCGGCUUCGCAGUGUCUGCUGCUGGCGGCCGCCCUGACUCUGCUCUCCUCGCUCGACAACACGGUGGCGUCCCAGGCCAACGGCUUAGCCGGCGGCGGCGGCGUUGCGCCGUUCCAGGUCCAGGAGCAGGCCGGGCCCCACGCCCAGGCCCCGAUCCACGCGCAGCCCCCGCGCAAGAACGUCUGGAGGAUCUCGGAGGACGCUCUGUGCCGCGAGGACGUGGCCCGCCUGUGCCCCAAGCACACCUGGCAGAACAACUUCGUGGUGCUCGAGUGUCUGCAGGACGUGCGGGAGGUGGAUGAUGAAAUCUCUUCUGGCUGCAACCAUCUCCUGUGGAACUACAAGCUGAACCUGACUACAGACCCUAAAUUUGAGGCUGCCGCUGGAGAGGUUUGCAAAAGCACGCUUAGCGAGAUGAAAGAGUGUGCCGAGCAGGAGCGAGGGAAAGGCUACAUAAUUUCUUGUUUGGUCGAUCACCCGCAAACAUUCGAAUACCAGUGCCGGCAGUUUGUUACCAAAAUGACGGCCAUCAUAUUCAGCGACUACAAACUUAUCUGUGGCUUCAUGGACGCCUGCCGGAACGACAUCAACACCUUCAAGUGCGGCAGCAUUCGGCCUGGUGACAAGGUGUCCUGUGACGUCGCUGUCCUACCUCCCGCGCAUGGCCUCUGCAGCGUUUCCGUGUGGCGGGCUGUUGGCUGGGACCCUGGAGGGCGGCUGCUUCUGGGAGCAGAAAUCCUCAGACACGUACAGGCCCACCUGUUGCCCCUGGAGGCCGGGAGCUGCACAGAUAUCCAGGUCGAACCCACAUUACGGCAUUGUCUCGUCACAUACAGGCCAGGAAAGACCCACACCUCUUUACGGUGUGUGUUGAUGGAGUUAUCGAGCAGUCCCUUACCGAACUCCCUCGAGGAUCUGAUCUGCACGUGUUACCCCAUCCAGACAUUCAGCGCUGGCUCCACCUGCAAACUGCUGACCAAAAAUGCCAUCUUCAACAACCCCGAGCAGGACGGCAGCAUCCUGGUGUGUGCUGGGGAUGAGGCCACAAACAGGGCCAUGGUAUGGGAUGCUGGAAGUGGCUGCCUGCUUCAGAAGCUGCAGGCUGACCAGCCUGUUUUGGACAUCUGUCCCUUUGAAGCCAAUCAGACCAGUUUCCUCGGAACCCUGACAGAAAAAAUGGUCAAGAUCUACAAAUGGGCCUAGAUGGGCUGCCUCCAUCCGCCUGUGCUGGCAUUGUUCAACAUGACAGGCCUGGCAACCAAGGGCCAAGCUGUACGAGUAUUCCUGAGCUGCACUCGAGGGGAUUGAAAUCAAAUCUGCGGACCUCUUAAACAGGAUCAUCUGCUUAUCGCGUGCACUCUGUUUGCUGCUGAUUUUCCCGACUGUAACCUCGGAAUCAUCCUUCAUUCUUUUUAUUUUAAAAAUAUCAUUUCUUGUUUCAAAGCAGCUGCUGCUCA